AAUAAAGGUUCUCAUCGCGUUGUUGGUUUCACCUAUUCAACCUCGUCAGAUCAGUGAUUAGGCCUACACUACCUCAACCAAGGCAAUAUGUUUCUACAGUAUUGGAACAUGCAGGCAACAUCAGUUCAUGCUGACUGAAAUGAGUGAGUGGGAGUCGAGUCAUCACUAAGAAUAGCCCUGCAAUGAGGGACUAUGGUUCAGACUGUACUAGCUUUACACAGGCGGCUGCCUGCCCUUUCUCUCUCUGAUGUUUGGAUGUAAUGCUCAUGCAGGCCGACUAAACGUUCCGCCCUGCACUCUUCUUGCUUCUUAGGCCGACGGUUAAGAGUCUAUUUGCAAAUUCACCAAGAAGCGUGACUACAUUUUUAUAAGGGUCAGUGAAACUCGAAAAGCCCCCCCUUCCUUAGAGAAGAGGGAUCAGGAGAGGGUAACUGACACUGAGGGAGAGCACCUCCUUUAUGCUGUGAGCGAGGGAAGGGAUUGGGAGGAGGACGGGAGAGGUGUUUUCUUGCCAACACAGAGGUGUAGUGGUUGGGCCUGUGUGCUCCUCAGAUUCCAGUGAGUAUGAAGAGGUUUAGGAGACAUGGACAGGAGUCCCACAGAGAUCGGAUCAAACAGGAGCUCUAUGGGUUCAACAAGACGGUGGAGCAUGGUUUUCCCCACCAGCCCAGUGCUCUGGUCUUCAGUCCCACUCUACAGCUCCUGGCCAUCGGCACACGCUCUGGAGCCAUCAAACUGUAUCCUUCAAUAGACACUCAGAGGGAGAGAGGGCUGGAUGGCUGUGUAAGAGUGCAACAUUUAAGCAUCAACAUAUUUGACCCAGUUGGUCUCAGUUACCCUCUGCUUUAGCUGUCUGUGGUUAGUGUGUAUUUGUGUGGAGUUAUUUUUCCAGGCUAUUGCUCAGCCCUGACUGUACCAGACAGGCGUUGUGUGUGUGUGUGUGUUUUUGUAUCUCUGUUUUUAGUGCGCUUUGAUUCAUCUGACACAAUCGUGCUCAUUGACCGUGUGGAACCAGUCGGCACACUAUCCCCAUUCAUUCCCUACGAUAACCCAUCAUUAUAACUCUGUCACACAAUGGGGCACAUUGUUCGGUUCUAAUACAAAACAAAUUCUAUGAAUAAAUGUAAUAUUAGCCAAUGGCAGGGCAGUCAGAUAAGACUGACAGAACAGACAAUCUCUUUCUGUAGAUGCAUGUGGACCCUUUCAAUACAGUGUAGUAAAAGAAACACGUGUGUAAGUCUAUGAAUGCUUCAGGUGUGUGUGUGUGUGUGUGUUCUUUAACCCGAGGUAAGUUAUGGGGCUCCAGGUGUCGAGUUCAUGGGUCUACAUGAUGAGAACGCUGCCGUAACACAGGUCCAUUUCUUACCACAGCAGGUUGACUUGGUGACUCUGUUGGAUGACAACAGUCUCCACAUGUGGACCCUCAGAGCUCACCAAGGAGUCUCUGAGCUGCUGGAGAUAGGCCGCUUCACACUUACUGGACCACCGGGUGCUUCUCCCAGUGUGACUCGUGUGACGGCGGUGCUGACCCACUCCUCUGGGGACCUGUUGUUUCUGGGAACAGAGGGGGGACACGUGUUCGUAGUGGAGGUACCGGGCUUCAGAGAACUAGAGGAGAGGAACAUUAGCCUGGAGAACGUCACCAACAGUUUACCAGAGGACUAUGGAGGUCGUAGGAGCUUGGAGCAUGUCGAGUCCUUACAGGAGAAUCCUGUCAACCCACGCCAGGUUCUGAUUGGCUACGGACGAGGCAUCAUGGUCAUCUGGGACCUGGAGCGCCAAUCAGCCGUCAAACACAUCCCCGCUACUCAGCAACUAGAGAGCGUGUGGUGGACGGAGGACGGUGGCCAUGUUCUCAGUUCCCAUAGCGACGGGAGCUACUGUCGCUGGAUGGUGGCCGGGGAGGGGACACAGAGCGAACAGGAGAAGUCUGAAGUACCGUACGGCCACUUCCCCUGUAAGGCCAUCUCUAAAAUCAUCCAGCUCCCUACAGAACAAGGGCCUCCUUUCCUGUUCCUCAGUGGCGGCAUGCCCCGGGCCAGCUACGGAGACAGACACUGUAUCAGUGUGAUCCACAGUAAAACACACGUGGCUCUGGACUUCACCUCCAGAAUCAUCGACUUCUUUGUCAUCAGAGACGGACCAGACCAUACAGGCGACCCCAGUGCGUUGGUGGUCUUAGUAGAGGAGGAGUUGGUAGUGAUAGAUCUCCAGACUGAAGGGUGGCCAGUCAUCCAGACUCCGUACCUGGUCCCUCUCCACUGCUCUGCCAUCACCUGCUCCCACCAUGUCUCUGCUAUACCACUGAAGCUGUGGGAGAAGGUCCUGUCUGCCGGAGCACUGCAGAACACACACUACUCUAAGAAGCCGUGGCCUAUAACAGGAGGACAGAACCUGUCUCCCGACGCUCCUCAGCGAGACCUACUUCUCACAGGGCACGAGGACGGUACGGUCCGUUUCUGGGAUGCGUCGGGGGUCUGUCUGUACCCCAUGUACAAGCUGAGCACGGCAGGGGUGUUCCUCACUGACGCAGAACCCAAUGACAACAUGAACCAGUGCACGGAGGGAGAGUGGCCACCUUUCAGAAAGGUGGGUUGUUUUGACCCGUACAGUGAUGACCCUCGCCUGGGCGUUCAGAAGAUCCAUCUGUGUAAAUACAGCGGUUACCUGACUGUAGCUGGCACCGCUGGACAGAUCCUGGUGUUAGAGCUGAAUGAUGAGGCAGCGGAACAGACGGUGGAAGCCACGGUAGCUGACCUGUUACAGGGACAGGAGGGCUUCCGCUGGAAGGGCCACACGCGUCUGGAGGUGAAGGAGGAGCCGGUGAGGUUCCCCCCAGGAUUCCAGCCCUUUGCCCUGGUCCAGUGUCAGCCUCCUGCCGUUGUCACCGCCCUAACCCUGCACUCUGAGUGGAAGCUAGUGACCUUCGGGACCAGCCACGGCUUCGGACUCUACGACUACCAGCAGAAAAGCAACGUCCUCGUCAGGUGUACUCUGAACCCCAGUGACCAGCUGGCUAUGGAAGGUCCUCUGUCCAGAGUAAAGAGCAUUAAGAAGUCUCUCCGCCAGUCCUUCAGGAGGAUCAGACGCAGCCGAGUGUCUUUACGCAAACACCACGUCAACAGCGCUGCUAAGGUGCAGGAGGCCAAUGCUCGUCUGGAGGCUGAGCUAGCAGAGAUGGAGUUGGCUCCUGUUCAGAGAAAGAUAGAGGCUCGAUCCUCAGACGACUCCUUCACUGGCCUCGUUCGCACGCUGUACUUCGCUGACACUUUCCUCUCAGACAGCUCCCAUCACACGCCCUCUCUCUGGGCAGGGACCAAUGGGGGCUCGGUAUUCGCCUACCAGCUCCGCCUACCGCCUGUGGAACGCAGAGCAGAGGACCCCGUCUCCGCCCACCCUGCUAAGGAGAUCCAGCUGAUGCACCGUGCUCCAGUCGUGGGCAUCGUGGUGUUGGACGGCCACGGUUCCCCUCUGCCUGAGCCCCUGGAGGUGGCCCACGACCUGGCCCGCUCAGCUGACAUGCAGGGCUGCCACCAGCUACUGGUCAUAUCAGAGGAACAGUUCAAGGUGUUCACCCUGCCGAAGGUGAGCGCUAAGAUGAAGUUAAAGCUCACCGCCAUCGAUGGUUCGCGCGUGCGCAGGGUGGGCGUGGCCUGGUUCGGCAGCAACCGCUCGGAGGACUACGGUGAGAGCGGCCUCACCGUCCUGACCAAUCAGGGAGACCUCCACGUGGUGUCAUUGCCGGGGGUGAAAUUGCAGGUCCAGUACCCCUGUAUCCGCAGAGAGGACGUCAGCGGCAUCGCAUCCUGUGUCUUCACCAAACACGGACAGGGUUUCUACCUGAUCUCUCCGUCUGAGUUUGAGCGUUUCUCUCUGUCCGCUCGCUGUGUGGUGGAGCCCAGGUCUCUAGUGGAGGUGCCCUCCCAAACGCCCAGCACCACCCUGCCUCGGGCGCAGCCUGACGGGCCGUCUGUGAAGCACAGAAAUUCCACGCGGGACACCGAUGACAUGGAGAGCUCUGCUAGACGUGUGAUGGAGCAUGCUUUGCUGAAUGACGAGACUGUGCUUCAGGAGAUCCAGAAGUCUCUAGAAGGAUACCAGCCGACGUUCCUGGAGAACAACGUGAAGAGUGCUCUCGCUGGAGGGAAGGUGCUGACCAAUGGAGACUGAGCCAAUCCUUCCUGGUCAUGAGACGUCGUGGAGUCUGCCUAGCAAACUACGCCAACACUACUAAUACUGCCACUACUGACCCCUGAACCAUGACCCCUAGCCCCCAGAGACUGAAACCUCACCCCCUAACCCAAAAAGACUGACUCACUGUGUGUCCCAAAUAGCACUCUUUUCCCCAAGUAGUGCACUGCUUUUUACCAAGCCCAUAUAGGGCGAGUAGUGUAUGAGGACUAGGGUGUGAUUUGUGCCCAUCUAGAGAGGAGACAGGGUCCACCGGCUGUGCCUAGAGACCAACCACUGUACUGUAAUACCAUCCUACACUUGGUACCUCUACACCUGCAACACAGUGGUAAUGAUAUGGUCAUUCCGCUGACACGCUUGUCCAAAGCCACUAACAGUUCAAACACAUUCACACACAAGCCAUAAUUGCAUUUAACACACCCUACUCGCUCACCCACCCAUUCUCUCCUCACCCCGACCCCAGUCACGGCCUUCCGACCUUCAGCCUUUCACCAUUUGAACCCAAGCUGACCUGUGGAACUCUGUUUCGUCCAAUCCCAACCCUGCCUCGGCACAUCCUCGCUUGCCUUCGUCUCCGAGAGAGAGACAAGGUUGGAGACUGGGAGAUACAGGGAGGAACAAUGGACAUGUUUUUAUUCCCAUUUUAUUUGUAAUUUAAUUUGACAUGUGAUUUUAGUAUUUUUGUUUUGAUUCAACCUACAAUCUAGAUGGAUUGGGGGGGGGGGGGAAUUGUACAAGAAUGUUUAGAAAGUGACCUGUUUGACAUGGUAGUUUGUUGCUAAUGCUGACAAGACAUUGUUUGGGGCGAAUCAGAACAGUUAAUUCUAAACCAAACCUAAUCCUAGAACAUCAGCCUGGCAGCCAGAAAAAUAACCCGUAUCCACAAAGCCUCUGAGUAGGAGUGAUGAUCUAGGAUCAGUUUAGGUUUAUAAGAUUAUAUGGACAGAUCCUAGAUCAGCAUUCCUUGUGUAUACAUGCCCUGUUCCUGCUUUAGCCAACCUCAGAAACUGAUCUAACUACCAGACUAGUCGUGCAAGACCACUGUGCCGUAAAUAUCUCCCCAAGCGGUUUUUGCUAACUAACCUCCCUCUUUGCCUCCCCUACCGUCCGCUCGUUAAGGUGUAAUAACCAGUUAUAAGUUAUAACCUGUCGUAGGUACUUGUCCACUACCGUGUAGCACACAAUGUCUAGGGGAACAACUUUCUAUGGGGGUUUUGCAUUUUUAUCAUGUUAAACGUCUUUUGUUUUGAACACCGCAUUGAAUAAUGUAAUUUAGGAAUGUAAUUUUAAGAUAUUGUAGUCAAAUGUUUAAUAUAUAUAUGUACUAUAUGAUGAUUCUAGGCCUGCAGUUGGGCCUGUUUUGUUAAUGGGGGUUGGCUGCUAUAGUCGGAUCUUACAAGGAAAUAUUUUGGUACUGUUUCUCCGAAAUGCUGGGUAUUUUAGCAUUUUAUGGUCUCUAGAAUAUAUUUUUGUAGUGAAUGGUCGAGUAUGAGAACCCUAAUUUUUGGAUUGCUAACUUUCACACUACAUAAUGUCCUGCUGGAAAAUGAAUACAAGUUUUUUUUCACAAGA